CAGGAAUUAGCUGCAGAUCCAGACACAGAUGCCACAAUUAGAGUGUUUGGACUGUUAGUUCUGCCAUGACCAAAGGUUUGAGCCACCAUGCCUGUGUUUUACUCGCCUGUACCGGACAACCUGCAGAUAGGCCUUGCCUACAUGGGAGGCUCCGUGUUCACAAACAACAGGACAGCGGACAGUGACUUCAGCAGGGAGCAGGAGGAUGCAUGUGUGGUCAACGAGUUGGUUUCUCACCUUCCCCUUCAAAUGCUUUUGUACUUCAACUUGUUUUACUUUCCUUGUUGGUGGUUUUCUGCUGUGUUCAUGUUGGAAGUGAAAUAUUACUAUCUUCCUGGAUACUACCAGGCUCUGCUCAUAACUGGGUUGGUCCUUGUCACAGUGAUUGAAGUGAUCCGACUCUACCUGGGCUACAUUGGCAACCUUAAAGAAAAGGUGCCAGCCCUGGCAGCCUUCUGGCUCCUGUCUUUCACGUUCCAGCUGCCCGUGCUGCUGUUCUUCAUCACAGAUGAAGGCGUUAUCAUUCUGCCUCUGGAGAGAGCCGUCCACUUCAUCUAUCUUAUUUUCCUGCUCGCCCAAAUCCUGGCUUCCUUCUUGGCGCUGAGGACAAUGACCCGAAAGCUCACCCUUCUCUUCCACCUGCGGCAAUUUGGCAAGGUGGAGAGCUUGCGGCAUGCAGAGAUGAGUCCCAUCUACGGGCUUCCCUAUAACCGCAGCGUGCUUCCAGUUUCACCCACUCAUUAAAGACAGACAACAGUCUUUCUUACAUGACUGGUUUUAGUAAAACAUCCACUGCGUUUUUU